UAAGGUGGAACAGCGAGUUCGGAUAAGAAGCUGCGAAACUUCAGCCUUGUACAAGACUCAUAUCAUAAUUUAACAGUUAUUUCAUAAAUAACUCACAAUCUCAAAACGUUUGUGUGUUAUGUUUAAGUUAACUUGUUCUGAAUCAUGUUCACCGGAUAAGUCGUAUGCAUGAUUUUCUAUAAUAAUUUUUUUUUUUUUGCUGCUUCUCCUAAACAGUGCGGCCGGCAGUGACGUCACCGGCGCCAUAUUGGUGUCUCUGUUGUCUUUCUGGUUUUAACUGGGUUUAGGGAGCUCUGGGGAGAAAUCACGCCACCAUGGAGCUCAGUACGCUUCUUGGCGCUUUUAGAGAUUUUGAGAAGAAAGGAAAAAAGGAAACAUGCCCCAUUUUGGACCGGUUUUUGUCCCAUAUAGCCAAAACUGGAGAGACAAUGAUUCAGUGGUCCCAGUUUAAAAGCUACUUCCUUUUCAAGCUAGAAAAAGUCAUGGAUGAUUUUAAAGCCUCGUCUCCAGAGCAGCGGGGUCCUGCUAAUCCAAAUGUCGAAUACAUUCCCUUUAAAGAAAUGAAGGAACGCAUACUUAAAAUUGUGGAUGGCUACAAUGGGAUCCCUUUCACAAUCCAGCGACUUUGUGAACUGCUCGUUGAGCCAAAGAGAAACUACACAGGAACGGACAAGUUCCUCCGAGGCGUGGAGAAGAAUGUGAUGGUGGUCAGCUGUGUGUAUCCUACCUCAGAAAAAAAUGGCUCCAGUGGUGUGAACAGAAUGAACGGAGUCACGUUCCCUGGAAAUGCUUCUGCUCUUCCGGAUAGAAAUGUGAAUGGUCCAGGAACACCUAGGUCAAUAAAUAGAUCAAAGCUUUCUCUGUCAAGCAGCAUAACUGCCAACGGCCUCCCGGACAGCACAGAGACCAGUGAGCAAGUUCUUGAACAGACAGAGAGAAGAGUCAGUGAUUCCUUGACAUCAGAAACAGUAUGCUCAAGUGAAGGGUUGACAAAGGGCAAGCACCGCAAGGAUGAGGAACCAGAGGAGGAGGAGGAGGAGGAAGAUGAUGAGGACAGGCAUAAUGCCAAACGGCUUAAGUUUGAUAAGGACGCAGAGGAGGAGAAUGAAGCCAGUGGGAAGGAGUUGUCUCGUCAUGCUCCUGUUGAGAGCUCAACAGAUGUGGCUGAGCCCUCUCUGCACAUUAGUAUGGAAGUGAAAGAUACAUCUGUGCUCAUUUCUGAAGACCAAGAGCCCUCCAGCACACAGUCAGAGUCUGGAGAUGACACGGUUGGCGAACUUGGGACGCUGGAUUCUCCUGGCUCCUCCCACAGUAAUGAGAGUGGCUGUGAAGCGGAGCUGUCCGUGCACAAGACACAGCUAGAGAGGCUCGACCCUGCAGAAAUAGAGGAGGCUGAGGAAAACAGUGACCCUGUAAGCAGUAGUAGUAACAGUGGUAGUGAGGAAGGAGUGUGUCAUGCAGAGUCUGCGUCUUCGUCUCCCAGCAGUUACACAGAGCCGGCAGCAGAGGGCAACAGCAUUGCAGAGGACACUUCACAAAGCUCAGAGCCUGCACAAGACUCUGUGGAGCAAGACUGAACGCACUGAUUAUGUGGGUUUGGUUUUCUUUUUUUUGUUUGUUUUAAACACAGCACCACAUCAGCCCCAAAUGACCAGCAGCCCUGGAUACAGAGUGCAAGUCUUAAUACCUCACACUAGAGGAGGGCAUACUCAUGGUAAUGCAGAGAACCUUAUCCUCCUCAGGUCUCUACACAAACCUUGCAUGGCCUUCUGACAGCCACACUUCAUGCUGUGUAUUCGUUCUUUUCUGGAGAAUGAUUUUAACUUGAGCUUUUUGUUUACUGAGACAAGCCUACAGUGGCGAAUGUAUAUUGAUGGUCUAAUCACGCUUAUCACCCAGUCUCCUACAACUGAUUUGCCACAAGUUUUCUAUAAAGGUGUGCAUGUGGUGUCCCACCCCUUUGUUUUGUUCUAGACCAGGAUUACACGGUCAGAAAGAUGCUUUAAUCUACAAAUCCAAUUAAAACAUUCCAGGGGCCUCUUAAAAAAUAGCAUGUAGGAUUAAACCACUAGCGGUUGUAAUUCAAACACCAUCUAUUCUUGAACAAAGUCAAGGUGUCUGACUGCAGGAUUAUGUAAACAGAAUCACUGGAAUAAAGCAUUUUAUACUUGUGAAAUCAGCAUUUUUAUUUUUCAGCAAGUAAAAGAUGAAGGUUGAUGGACCAAUACCUAUAUUUCUAAAAAUUGAAUUUAUUUCAUAGAAACAUAAGAAAUAACUGUAUCUUUUAGUGAUUACUUUUCAAGCAGCAACAGCCUGACCAAAUGCCCAUUCAGUUUGAACCGUAUGUGGCAUCACCUUUUAUCUAUACUGCCUUCUGCAUUUGCUUUGUUGUGGCACAAACGGAAAGUUAUUUUAGAAUUUCUUAAUUUAUUCUUCAACCACUCACAAUGUUUUCUUGCUCUAGGAAUGUGAAAACUCCUAUCUGUAGUGCAGUUAGGCAUGCCUUUGUUGCUCUCUGGAGGAGUGUGAUCAAGUGUGGAGUAACCAAUUAAGUUGUCCACUUUUUUUUGAAAACGAGUCAUAAAAAAUCAACAAACUCUGUUAUGUACACAGUAGCGACAACUUUCUUUUUUUUAUUAAAAAUUUUAUCAUCACACAUUUUAGUACUUCUUGGUCAACAUUCUAGCGUUUUAUGGUGCUGUUAAAUGGACUGUAAUUUCACCUGCAUUAGAUAUUCAUGCAGCUAGUUAGAUUGUAAGUAACUGAAAUAGCUAAAUAUGUUUGUGUUUAACCACUAUUGAGUAAUUCUUAUUGAUGUCUGUAAUAAGCUUUUCACAUUACAUUUCCUCUCCUAGCAAAAGCAGUUCUGAAAAUGGUGAUGAACUCAUGAACACUAACCCUCCUCUGCCAGCUUCGUAACAUCUGAGCUAAUAUUGGUGUAGGCCAUCAUAUCUGUAACUAAUUUCAUAACUCCUUUUUGAUAUUUAGAGUUUUUAAAUUUCUAUAAAUUAGAUUUUGUAGAACUUAAAGAAGUGUUCAAUGCCUUUGUGUAAAGUAAUCCAUUUUAUGAUUUCUCUGUGAACUGAAUGCCUGGGCUUUCAAUACAGUAUUCAAGUAAAGCAAUAAAUGUCAAUAGUAAAAAUGUUGAUGAGACUUCAUUUGUGCAUGAUGAAGUAGCAGCCAUUAAGAAUCAAAUAAAUUUUGGAACACUCACUCAAGCUCUUGUUUGAGUUUAUUCCCCCACCCCCCAUCAAUAUCAGCAAUAAGAAUUAUUAGAAAAAGAAAAAAAUAUCAGAAAAUACAAGUUUCAUGUACAAUUAUGUAAUAUUGGCUGCAAACAGUAGCAUAUUGGACAUGCAUUGAUCAUGUAGUAGGAUUAGCUAAAGCUAAAUGCAUCAUCUCAAUUUAUGCUUAGAUAUCGUUAGUAAUGAAUAACUGAGCCGAAUACAAAUGGAGCUUAAAAAGA